UGAAGGACGUCCUUUAUAACAGUGCCACAUAUACUCUUAAAGGAUCAAAGUGAAGGAUAAGCAAGGAAAAGGCAAGCAGUGAGGAUGAUCUAAUGCGAGGUUUGGCUCAACCAGUACUGGGAAAAUGCUCCUCCAGCUGUUCCUUGUCCUUAUUACUGCUACCGCAGUUAGCAGCCAGUUAACAGCAGCAAACUGCUACCCGUACUUGAGACGACCAGAGUACACAGACAUUGCUGUGGACUGUGGCACUAAUUCCAUUGGCCUGGCUAUACAGAUUUGUCCAGCUGUCUACACUGGCUACAACGAGUCUCUGCUUUUCCUCAACAACAUUAUGGAUGACCCAACCUGCAGAGGCACUCUGGAUACUUCUGUCACUCCUCCAGUGCUUCGCUUCAACUUCCCCAUUACCCAGACUAAUGCCUGUGGCAGCACUUUCAGGACCACCAGCGCUCCAGGCACUGGAAUAUUCUCCGACUUUUCCACCAUCCAGACAGUGAACAUCAGCGGCGUGGUGCGAUCGUAUGACCCUACAAUAGGCACAGUGACAUAUAAUGCUGAGCUGAAGUACUUUUACUCGUGUGCCUAUCCUCUGGAGUACCUGAUCAACAACACACAGAUGGAUGUGUCUUCAACCUCUGUCGCAGUGAAGGACAACAAUGGCAGUUUCAUCAGCACGCUGAGCCUCCGGCUCUUCAGCGAUAUAAACUACACCAAACCCCUGGUCAUCCCUCAACUGGGGAUCGAGCUGAGGACCAAUGUAUUUGUGCAGGUCCAUGCCACCAAUCUCACCACCCAGUACUUCGUGUUGCUGGACAGGUGUUAUGCCUCCACGUCACUUAACCCAGACAACGCUACCUUCUACAACCUCUUUAUACCGUGCUUUAGUGAUGAGAUGACCAACAUGAUUGAGAAUGGUGAGAGUAAUCGAGCACGGUUUUACUUCCCUGCUUUCCGCUUCACGGAACAACAGAACAGGACAAUUUCCACGUACUACCUGCACUGCAUUACACGUCUGUGUGAGAAGACUAUCUGCAGAACAUACAGGCUAUGCCUCAAUGGCAGAAAGAGGAGAGACGUGGGGUCUGCUUCUUCUCUUCAAGAUGGAGCCUCAGAGUCUGCCACCCUCACCUCUCCUGCCAUCAUUACCCGAACAGAGAGCUCUCAGCCAUUGAAUGUGCAAGACACAUCUGGCACUCAGACUAGCUCUGCUUCCUCUGCUGGGCUGGGCGUGGUGGUGGGCAUGGUGGUGUUCAUCUGCAUUAUGAUUAUUGGGAUAGCUGCAGUAUACAUCAGGAGGCUCAUCCGCUCUACAGCUUCUAAAAUGUGUUGUGGUUAAAGGCAUCAACGUCCUUUAACAUGGUUAUUGGAAGCCCUGCUUCCACUAACGGCAUGGCUAACGGCCAGCCAGCCAGCCCCUACUGGGCCAGUGUGGUCAACGCAGCAAUAAGUAGCACCAGUAAGUGUUAGUUAGGUUUCAUGCAGAAACAAUCUGAUAUAUAUUUUGUUAACAUAACAUAUAAUUAACAGAACACAGUUAAAAUUAUAGCUAUACAGUUGUAUUCAAACGUUUGAACACCUCUGGUCAAAUUACAUGUUUUGGAGAUUUUCUAAGUGAAAAUAAAUGAACACAUCCUCUAUAGGCAUUACACUUGUGUCACUUGUGAGUUUAACAUAUUCGAAAAAAAUAAAACACAAAGUAUAAA